GGGAUGGGGGCAGCAAUGGCCGCCCGGACCGUGAGGUGACAGCGGGGAUGGACGGAGCGACAGUGAGACGGGACCGGACCGUCACGGGGGGGGGGACACACCGUUAUGGGGGGGUACGUGAGGAGACCCCCGGAUACCCCAGCUCCCCACGUGACAAGAAGCGUGAUUAGCGCUUCCGCCAAGAUGGCAGCGCCCAUGGAAACGUGGGGCGGCGAGACCGGGACCGAAGACGAAGAAGAGGAGGAGGCGGAUGAGGACGGGGCCGAGUCCCUCCCGUUGUCCGCCGUGUUCCCCCGCGACACGGAGCUUUUCUCCGACACGUUCCCGGAGCUCAAACGGUUCCGGUUCUGCGGCCGCGUCCUCCGCAUCGCGCAGCACCACGGGCCGCGGCUCGGGAUGGCGGCGGCUGUUUGGGACGGGGCGCUGUGUCUGUGCCGCUUCUUCGAGGAGCAGCGCAUGGAUUUCAGCGGCCGAACCGUCAUCGAGCUGGGAGCCGGGACCGGCAUCGUGGGGAUCCUGGCUGCGAUGCUGGGAGGUGAUGUGACGCUCACCGACCUCCCCCUGGCCCUGGAGCAGCUCCGUACCAACACGGAGCUGAACGCAGCAGCGGUGGCAGCGUCUCGGGGCCGUGUCCGUGUCCAGGCGCUGCCGUGGGGCCGGGCGCUGGGCUCCAUCCCGCACAGUUACGACGUGGUGUUGGGGGCCGAUGUGGUUUAUGACCCGCGUUGUUUCCCAGCGCUGCUGGACACGCUGCUGCAGCUCUGUGGGCCUCGGUCCGUCGCCUUCCUGAGCUGCGGGAUGCGGCCGCAAUUGGGCACCGCCGGGUUCUUCUGGGAGCUGCUGCCGGUGCAUUUCUGUGUGCGGCUGCUGCGGCAUCACAAGGACAGUGACGUGGGGCUGUACAGGGUGACACGGCGCAGGGACAGCAACGGCUGCAGCCCCAUAGAACAGCACGGGGAGCAGGAGACCUGAGUGAGUGAUGGGACACUGUGAUGGCACCAGGGGCAGCACCAACAUCAUCAGCACCAUCAUAGACACCAUCAUAGGCACCAACAUCAGCACCAAUAUCAGCACCAACAGCAGAACCAAUAUCAGCACCAGUAUCAGCACCAACAGCAGCACCAGCACCGUCCCGUCCUGCAGUGAUGGUGGAUGAUGGUGGAUGAUGGUGGAUGAUGGUGGGUGAUGCUGGUGCUGGGGUGGGUUUAUGGGCCUCAUUGAAGUUAAUGGGGCCGUGGGCUGGAUUGAAGGCUGCUGAGGGCUCCCAGAUCUAUUCCAUGUGCCCCAAACCCGCCCCAUCUUGGGGCAGCGGGGCCGUUUUCUCGCCCUUUCUUUUGAAUAAAGGGAAUUUUGGUGUUUUUUAA